AUGACGCAGCCCAUCAUGGCGACGGGAGCGCGGCUGCCCGGGGCCGCGGCUCCGCAGGGUAGCUGCCGUUGUUGCUGUUGAGAGGCGGCGGCGGCGCAGGCGGCGGGCGGGAAGGAUGGUGUUUCUGUGGCCAGAGCGGCGGGUGCGGAUCAGGAGCCGGGCUGAGGUUUGGCCGAAGCGACGUGUGCUCAGGAGCAGCCGGCGCGCGUGCCGCUGAGGCAGCUGAGGGAGGCAAGACCGACGGACGGACGGACGGACGGACGGACGGACGGACGGACGGAAGGCGACCUGAGAGCCGGCCUCGGGGCCGCGCUGUGAGCGAGAUGCCGGGGCCGCCGGCGUUGCUGUUGUUGCUACUACUCCUGGCUGCCGGCAGUGCCGGGGCCGCGCCACUUCCGCAAACAGGUGCAGGGGAGGCACCUGCUGCAGAAGUUUCCUCAUCCUUUGUGAUCCUAUCUGUGUGCAGUUUAAUGACAUUAAUAGUGUUAAUUGCCAACUGUGUAUCCUGCUGUAAGGACCCAGAAAUAGACUUUAAGGAAUUUGAAGAUAAUUUUGAUGAUGAGAUAGAUUUCACACCACCAGCAGAAGAUACUCCCUCUGUUCAAUCCCCAGCAGAAGUUUUCACACUUUCAGUACCAAAUAUUUCACUACCAGCUCCAUCACAAUUCCAGCCUUCUGUAGAAGGUUUGAAGUCUCAAGUUGCCCGCCACAGUCUAAACUAUAUACAGGAAAUUGGAAAUGGCUGGUUUGGAAAGGUCCUCCUUGGAGAGAUUUACACAGGCACUAGUGUAGCGAGAGUAGUAGUGAAGGAGUUAAAAGCAAGUGCAAGCCCAAAGGAACAAGAUACUUUUUUGAAAAAUGGAGAACCUUACUAUAUUCUUCAGCAUCCAAAUAUUCUUCAGUGUGUUGGACAAUGUGUGGAAGCAAUUCCCUAUCUUCUGGUGUUUGAGUUCUGUGACUUGGGCGAUCUAAAAUCUUACCUGCGCAAUGAGCAAGAGCACGUGCGGGGGGAUUCGCAGACCAUGUUGCUGCAGAGGAUGGCGUGUGAGAUUGCUGCAGGGCUGGCCGCCAUGCACAAGCUGCACUUCCUGCACAGUGAUUUAGCCCUGCGGAAUUGUUUUCUGACCUCGGACUUAAAUGUGAAAGUGGGAGAUUAUGGGAUAGGAUUCAGCAGGUACAAGGAGGAUUAUAUUGAAACAGACGAUAAAAAAAUUUUCCCUCUGCGAUGGACUGCACCAGAAUUAGUAACCAGCUUUCAAGACAGACUACUAACUGCAGAUCAAACUAAGUAUAGUAAUAUCUGGUCCCUGGGUGUGACACUCUGGGAGCUUUUUGAUAAUGCUGCUCAGCCUUAUUCCAACCUUUCCAACUUAGAUGUUCUCAAUCAGGUCAUUCGAGAGAGAGACACAAAGCUCCCAAAGCCCCAGCUGGAGCAGCCUUAUUCUGAUCGAUGGUAUGAAGUUUUACAGUUCUGCUGGCUGUCACCAGACAAGAGACCAGCGGCUGAAGAUGUGCAUAGACUGCUCACCUACCUGCGGAUGCAAAGCCAAAGGGACUCAGAAGUCGACUUUGAACAACAGUGGAAUGCUCUUAAACCAAAUACAAAUAGCAGAGACGCUUCAAAUAAUGCUGCGUUCCCAAUUCUUGACCAUUUUACCAGGGAGCGGCUUGGUCGUGAAAUGGAGGAAGUCCUCACCGUGACUGAAACCAGCCAGGGCCUGAGCUUCGAGUAUGUCUGGGAGGCAGCUAAGCAUGAUCACUUUGACGAGCGCAGUCGGGGCCACCCGGAUGAAGCCUUGUCCUACACAAGCAUCUUCUUUCCAGUUGAAGUUUUUGAGAAUUCACUUUCAGAUCCCGGGCCCGGGAAACAAGAUGACAGUGGCCAGCGUGUCCCUGUUAGAGCCCCUGGAGUGGUUCCCGUUUUUGAUGCCCACAACCUUUCUGUUGGAAGCGACUAUUACAUCCAAUUAGAAGAAAAAAGUGGGAGCAACUUGGAGCUUGAUUACCCAUCUGCACUGCUUACCACUGAAAUGGAUAAUCCUGAAAGAAGAGGUGACGAGGCGUCCCAGUUUCUGACACUGAGGAAUCUUGAAUUUGAGGAGUCCAGUACAGAUGAGGAUUUCUUCCAAAGCAGUACAGACCCCAAAGACUCCAGCAUACCUGAGGACGCACAUGUUACCACGGGCCCUGAGAGCCCUUUCAACAAUAUAUUUAAUGAUCUUGACAAAUCAGAGGAUUUGCCCAGUCACCAAAAAAUAUUUGACUUAAUGGAACUAAAUGGAGUUCAGACUGACUUUAAGCCAACCACUUUACGUUCCACUUUGGAUGACCCCGAAGAGUCAGUAGUAACAUGCCACUUUGAGAAGGAAAAGCCCCAUAAGCUUUUUGCCUAUGAGCCUCUUGGCUUAUCAGAAAACCUUAUGCACCAAGAUAAUUUUGAUCCGCUGAAUAUUCAAGAAUUAUCAGAAAACUUUUUAUUUCUUCAAGAGAAAAACUUACUAAAAGACUCAUUGUCUAGCAAAGAACAUAUAAAUGAUCUUCAAAUAGAACUUAAAAAUGCCGGUUUUACUGAAACUAUAUUAGAAACUCCACAUAGAAACUCUUUAGAUACUGAGCUUAAGUUUGCUGAAAAUAAACCAGGCUUUUCUCUGUUGCAGGAGAACAUGAGUGCAAAGGGGAAAGAUGCAGGUGUCAUGCCCGUGGACAACACUUCAAACCUCUCAUUGCAGUCUUCCCCGGAAGUGCAGGUACCUCCUACCUCACUUGAAACAGAAGGAACACCUCAUAGUGUACCUCCAGAUACGUUCCCAAAGCAGGGAGAAACCAAACCCACGUGUUUAGAUGUCAGUAUCCAUGAAGACUUUCUCUGCCAAGAACUCAGUCCAGACUCUGUGACUGUCCCCGUUGAAACUCCCUUGACUGAUGCCAGGACAUCAGUUGGUGAUAGGUCCCAUGACUUGACUCACCAAAAUGAGGAGGCCUUGAGACUACCCAAAAGUGACUCAGUUCUUGUUGACGACGUUUUUGCCAGUAAGGUGAGUAUAGGGAGUAGUCUUCCAGAAUUGAGACAGAACUUACAAAAUCAACUGCUUUCUGAAGACCAUCGUAGUCAUAGUCUGCUGGAGAAAAACUUGGAGGCUGUGGAGACUUUGAACCAGCUGAAUUAUAAAAAUGCUACAAAAGACAUGGGCUUGGCGUCUGCCUUUUCCUCGGAUUCUACCAGUCAAGACAGCCUUUUAGAAGACAGCUUGUCAACACCCAUUCCAACAUCAGAACAGUCUGUGGAGACCCCAGACUCUCUGGAUUCGGUGGAUGUCCAUGAAGUUUUACUGGGUUCUUUAGGUUCUCACACACCUCAGAAACUCUUGCCCCCCGAUAAGCCUGCAGACAGUGGCUACGAGACAGAGAACUUGGAGUCCCCUGAAUGGACUCUGCACCCUGCUCCCGAUGGCACCUCAGCCUCUGAGGCGACCACAGCAGGCGACAGCGGUCGUGGCGGGUUGCCUCCCAACCCUGUCAUCGUCAUCUCAGACACAGCUGAUGGCCACAGAGGGACAGAAGUGACCUCGCAGACUUUUACACCUGGUUCCCAGAGCUCACACAGAGACUCUGCCUACUUCUCAGAUAAUGAUUCUGAGCCUGAUAAGAAGUCAGAGGGGGUCCCAGGAACCUCAGUGUUGGCCUUGGCAAUCGUAGCAGAUCAGCCCUUGCCUGAGCCAGUCAUCCCAGAGCAAAGUCCUGGCGACAAGGACAGUUGCCUGGAAACCAAAAAUAGACAGCCAGACCAAAGUUGUCUAUCUGCUUUGCAAAAGUCCAGUCACCUGGAAUCAAAAGAAACGUCAGAACCAGCACUGACCGACAUUUCCAAACAAAUGCAUCCUGAGGACGAGGCUGGCAGUCCCCUGAGUCUGUUGAACUCAGAGCUGAGCAGUGGUGAUGACUUUGAGGCCCACGAAGAGCAGCCCUGCACGCUUGCCUCCACUGGAACCAACACUAACGAACUCCUUGCGUUUGCAAGUUCCACCCUCCGCUCCAGCAGCCCAUCGGCCUUGAUGGUGGAUAAGUCCUCAGGCAGCCACUCCGAGAGCCCCAAGCUGAAGGAGCCAGAUAUCGAAGGGAAAUACUUGGGGAAACUUGGUGUGUCGGGGCUGCUCGACCUCUCCGAGGAUGGAAUCGAUGCAGACGAGGAGGACGAAAACAGUGACGACUCUGACGAGGACCUGCGAGCAUUCAACCUGCACAGCCUCAGCUCCGAGUCAGAAGAUGAAACCGAGCACCCCGUCCCUGUGAUCCUCAGCAAUGAGGAUGGGAGGCACUUGCGGAGCCUGUUGAAACCCUCGGCUGCUGUUGCCAUUGACCAGCUACCAGAUGACUGGAAGAAAGAGAAGAAGGCGGUGACGUUUUUUGAUGAUGUCACAGUCUGUCUGUUUGACCAGGAGACCCCAACCAAAGAGCUGGGACGCUGCGGAGGAGAGGCACAUGGCCCUGAGUUGAGCAGCCCGGCACCUUCGUCAGAUUCCCCCUACCUGAGCAGGUGUAUCAAUUCCGAAAGUUCAACUGACGAAGAAGGUGGAGGCUUUGAAUGGGAUGAUGACUUCUCCCCAGACCCUUUUAUGUCAAAGACAACAAGUAACCUUCUUAGUUCCAAGCCUUCUCUUCAGACAUCAAAGUACUUUUCUCCUCCACCGCCACCCCGGAGUGUGGAGCAGAGCUGGCCCCACGCAUCACCAUAUUCCAGAUUCUCCAUCUCUCCUGCCAACAUCGCCAGCUUUUCUCUCACACACCUGACUGACUCGGACAUCGAGCAAGGAGGUGAGAUAGGAAGCAGCGAAGAUGGAGAAAAAGAUUAGGUGGCUGCUGACGCACUCUCAGGUCCCAGGCUGCUCCCCCAGGGCGGGGUUCCUGUGCUGCCAGCGAGCAUCGACAUCCACUCCACAUCUGCUGAAACAGGACAGGGAGAAAGACUCAGGAGGCGAAAGGGAGCCUGUGCUGGGCUCUGUGCUCCCAGCCCACGGCGGGAAGCCUGGCUGUGGAGGCGUGGUCUCAUCUAGCGCAGUGUGCUGCCCUCGCAGCUGCGCCCUGCGGCCGCUCUCACCCACUGCAAGUGCUCGUGCUCUGGUGGUCCUUGGGGAGCGCCGACCCUGCUCCGGUCUGUGGGGAACUGUAGGCUCGGGUUGUUUCUGGUUUCCACGUGGGGUGUUCUCUGCGUCCACACCUGUGCAUCCCGUCUGUGCACGGGCCCGGAGGACGCAUGAUGGGAAUUGGCACCAGUGAGCCAUAUUUAUUAUUUUUAAAGAAAUCACUAAUUGCUUUCUGUAAUUGCACUGUGGAUAAAUGUUCUAAGAGUCCCUGAUAUUGUACAGAAUCUUAAAUUAUUCAAGGAAAAUAAGGCAGGUCAAGCUGGUGCUAUCCACUAGUUUGAUUUUUUUUUUGUUUUAUAGUUUGCUCUGCAUGGUACUUGUAAAGCUUAAAUAUUUUGAGCAUUACGCUGUCUUUAGAAUUGUUGGAAUUGUACAUAUGGUACUCUUUCGUACGUGAUAGAUGAUUCUGAAUGUUAGUGUUUUAUGUUCUUAUAGGAAAUAUUUUUGAUGAGUCCAAAAAGACUGCUCUGUUUUGUUGAUUGAAUGAAACACAUUUUUGU